AGCAGCAGUAUGUCGAGUCAGCAGCUGGCCUCUGUGUCUCCUGUGUCAACUCUGAGCUCCGCCGGCAUCCCCACACCUGCCCAGCUCACCAAGUCCAAUGCACCUGUCCACAUCGACGUAGGAGGACACAUGUACACCAGCAGCCUGGCCACACUCACGAAGUACCCAGAGUCAAGAAUCGGCCGGCUGUUCGAUGGAACGGAGCCCAUAGUGUUGGACAGUCUAAAGCAGCACUACUUCAUCGAUCGGGACGGACCCAUGUUCCGCUACAUACUUAACUUCCUCCGGACCUCCAAACUGCUCAUCCCUGAUGACUUCAAAGAAUACUCGCUGCUGUAUGAAGAGGCUACUUUCUUCCAGCUGGCUCCUCUGAAGGCUGAGCUGGAACGCUGGAGGACCGAGCGGGAAUGUGGGGGUGUGUGUCGCGAGUGUGAGUGUGUGGUGGUUCACGUGGCUCCAGAGCUCGGCGAGAGGAUCAGUGUGAGCACCCACCGGACGGUGAUUGAGGAGGUGUUUCCUGAGGUGAGAGAUGUCAUGUCCAAUUCCCUGAACACCAGCUGGAACCAGGACUCGGCGCACAUCAUUUGCUUCCCGCUCAAUGGCUACUGCCACCUCAGCUCAGUUCAGGUAUUGGAGCGGUUACAACAAAGAGGCUUUUGGAUCACAGGCUCGUGUGGCGGUGGAGUGGACUCUUCUCAGUUUAGUGAAUACAUUCUGCGGAGGGAGGUCCGAGGCAGCCGACACCCCCCAACACUCAUACCGAUCAAACAGGAACUCCUGGACUGA